GCGCUCACAUUUCAAAAUGUUUAGAUCAAUUUGCACUAUCGGCCGAAUCUCUGCGGGACCAUCAAAAGAUUUCGUCAGAACCAAAGUGAUAAAAGUAGUAAAAUCUGCUUCUAUCUUGAAGCCCAUAGACAGACUGAAGCUAUGGCAUAAAGAGAACAAGGAAUUAUUCGGCCCGUUGCUGGAAACGAGCAAGCAGAAGAAGCAGCGGCUUAAAAAAGCCGCUAAAAAUAGCAAGAAGUCACGUCAAAACAACAGUAGCGGUGCAACUGUCGAAAACACGAGCGGAGAAGUUAAAUUCUCUGCAAAAAAUACGAAAUAUACUCCAAGUUGUGUUGCGAAAUAUCACCCAGUGCUACCAAUGGAGAUAUUGAAGCGAAGCCUAUGGCAAAAUUCGAAGCCUUGUGUAAAUUUCGUUAGUGUACUUUUAAGUAGGAAUGCAGUGCGAGGGGUGAAGACAUCUGCAGUAUGUGGGGCUACAAAAAGUUCCCCGCUGCAGCCCGGCUAUGCAUCGGAGGACAAAAUACUGCAGAUCAAACAGCACCAGAAUGACUAUGCCAAGCAGUUCCCGUCCGUGACUCUCAUCCUGAACAAGACCAUGACCGGAGAGUCCAUGGCUAACCUGGAGAAAUGGAAAAAGGAGAAGAUUGCUGAAAUUGGAGAGGAGGAAUUCAAAAAGUUUUAUGAAGCUCAAAUGGCGGUGGGCUCCAAGUUCCACACAACUCUCAAGAACUACUUCACUCAACCGCAGUCGCAGCUCCGCAUCGAGAAGGAUGUCGAAGGAGUCUGGAACUCCGUCACCAAUGUACUCAAAAGCAUAUCCUCCCCCAAAGCCAUAGAGUCUAAUGUUGUGCACCCCGUGCUGAAGUACCGAGGGAUCUUUGAUGCUAUUGCAGACUAUGAAGACAAGCCGACCCUCAUAGAGUGGAAGAAAUCGGACAAGCCGCGCAAAUCCAUAGCCCUCACAUACGACAACCCCGUGCAGCUGGCCGCGUACUUCGGCGCCGUGUGCAAUGAUCUUAACUACAAGCACUUCAACAUACGCGACGCGCUGCUGGUCAUAGCCUAUACUGACGGGUCUAAGGCGGACGCCUACCACUUCUCGACGGACCGUCUGCGCGAGCACUGGGCUCAAUGGCUGAUCCGUCUAGAGACGUACAUGAAGCAGCACGGGAGCGACGCGGUGAAGAGCCUGCGCGGGGGGAAGCGACUGUUUGAAGAGGACGUGGGGAAUCUUCAGUGAAUUAUGUGGAUAUGAUGGAACCUCGAACAGACACGUUGGCCAAGUGAGGACUUACACAUAUUAUUAUAAACAACAAUUGAACUGCAGUUAAAAAUUCUGAGUGAAUCUUCCUAUAGUUACUCUAUUUCAUAAUUAUUAAAAGACAAAAGGUCUAAUUAAGACUUAUGAAGACAUCUUCACUUUGAAUAUUGACAGCUACACAAGAGCAAGAGUGUCUGUAGAUUAGACUUUAUGUCUUUUGUAACAUGAAGUAGAGUAAGUAUAUACCUAGAUGAUUACACACGGUGAUUUGUCUCGUAUUUCUUUCAAAUUUACAGUUUUCUAAUUCAAUUGCCAUUGAGUAUUUUAGUUUUGUAUUCUUCAUGGCUACUGGACCGAACAGUUAUAACUUCAUAAUUUAUAAGCGAGUCUAAAAAGGUUUAUGUAAACAUAUGUCCAUUAUAAAGCUAUAUGUAUUACAAAAGCUGUAGAUAUUUACAAAACUGUUUACUUAAACUUUUGUUUUAUGGUGAGGCCCCAUUGGUGCGUUGCGCUGCGUUGUGUCUCAUCGUCCCGAAGGAACGAAACGCUAUACAUUUUCUUAUUUAAAUUGACAAAAAGAUGUUAAAAACAAAGAAAAACCAAAAGAUAAAAAACGUAAAUAAAUUGGCUGUAGAAUACUUGUAAAAUGUUAAUCACUGUUGGUAAGACUGCUAAAACUAUAAGGAUUAUGUAAGUAUGGUGAUUAUAAGGUUCAAAGUUGUCUAGCUCAAUCACUGUAGACUUGUCCUUUCAUUGUUAACUCUAGUAAAGAGUUUUUUGCUAGUAAACAAUUUUGAACCCUAUAAUCAAAAGGUAUGUUACGACAAUGUUAAUUAUCUUGUUUGUAAUUGUCUAUUAAGCUGCUUGUUAACCUACAAUUAAAAACCUAAUAAAUGUAAAACAUGUUAUAAAUUAUGUGUUUUUAUAAAUUUUAAGUUCAUAUUCCUAAUUACCUAUAAAUAGUGCAUUGAAACUUGUUACAACCUAAAAACCUACCUAACAUUAAGUUUAGUUAGAGUAUUAUGAUGUCUUAUCGUUUAUCCGGCUAGCAUAUCCAUAAAUAAAAAAUAAAAAUUGUAAUGUCAGCUGGAUAGACUAUAAAAACGCCUAGUCAGUCAGAUGUUUCGAAUUAAUUAUAAGAUUGUUGAUAAUGGAGCCAGUUCUGAAGACACAAUACUUUAGUUGUCAGAUUGAUUAUACCAGUAUGAAAUUAACAGGGUGGAUAUCGCGAACUCGUUUUGACAACAAUUUUCGGAUUAAAAAUUUAAUUUGACACUAAUCACUUCGUAAAUGUUAUUUCGCUUUGACUUCGCGAUAGGGCCUCAAAAAUUAAACUGACCAGAAUUUUAUAGCUUUUGACAGUUCUCUUCUGAAUUUAAGUUUUGUGUCUCCAGAAUCUAACUGUACCCUUACCAAGAAUUUCAUCUUUCAAAUGUAGUAGACGAGUUAAAACGCGAUGAAUUUCGUGGUAAGAGUACUGAUCAGCUCAUUACGAUCGAUAGAGUCCAAAAUAAGAUAGUUUUUUUUGUUUAGUUUAUUAAUUAUUUCGCAACAGAUUCACUCACACUGUAACUAAGCCAAAUUGUAAAAUUAAAAAAGUAGAUUUUUAUGACUAUCACAACUUAUUAAUCUGUAAAUUUCUAAGGAGGACUAAUUGAAUACAUAGAAAGUAAGUAGGUUUUUUUUAACUUAUGUAUUUUGUUUCCAGAAAAUUUAUAGUUAUGCCUUAGCUUAUAUGUAGAUCUGAUAUACUUAUCAUUUUCUAUAAAAAAAUCUUAAUUUUAGAGCAUUUCAACUAAAUAUUAUUUCUUAAUAUUUAUAUUUAAUUUGUCGUACCAUUUAUUGAUCACAUUGUUAAAUAUUCACUACGUUGUUUUAGUUUGAUGCAAUUGUUGAAAAAUGUGAUUACUUUUAGGUGUCAUCUAAGUUUUUAUGAUGUCUUAUUUAAUAAUUAAUAAAGUAUUUAGAAUGUA